GUUUUAUUUUAGGUCCCACACCUGAUCCCAGUUGUGAUAUUUAAGUUGGGAAGACCUUUGGAGCCUGCACUUUACAAGGAUAUAUUGUACACAUUGCCUACACUAGGUGUACACAAGGUUUGUGUAGCUCAGAUUCUACGUGCCAUACACACGCUGGGGAGUGCCCCGAAGCUUAGAGCAAUUAGUUUGCGACUGAUGACAUCUUUAUGGGAGAGACAGGAUCGAAUUUACCCAGAAUUGCAGAAGUUCAUGAUGAUGUCCGAUAAUCCCUCCUUGUCUGCUGACAAAGAUUCUCAAUGGGAAAAGCUGAUUGCUAAAGCUGCUUGUGUAAGAGAUAUAUGUAGGCAGAGGCCAUACCAGCAUGGAGCAGAUAUGUUGGCUGCAAUUUGCCAGGUAUUAAAUGAAUGCACAAAACCUGAUCAAGCGUCACCAGCUGCCAUAGCGUUACAGGGUCUGCAGGCACUUUGUGAGGCUGAG